CAGGAUCUACGAAAGUACCCUAUUGCUUUUGAUCUUCACCGACGAAGACUGAAGAAGUGUACAGGCGAACCAAACGGGUUUAGUGGGCGGGCACCGUGGACACCUUCGCUCUCACACUCACUCACAGGUUACCUUAGGUCCUCGUAGAUCCUGCCAAUCUUCCCUACUUUUCCCCGCGUUGGUUCCUCUACACUGGAGGAACGCUUCCCUCGAAUCAAGAUAAGAUUGGUUCAGCUGGUGGGUCAAUUCCGACAGCCGUUUCAGUUCUACUUACUUCCGCCUCUGAGCAGCAGCAGUUCGCCAAAGCCUCUACCUCCGCCAGCCGGGAGUCGGGUUGCGAGCCCGGCCACCCCCCACCCCUGGCCCGCCCGAGUCGCCGUCGCCGCGUCGAGUCCGCGUCAGCAGUCGGCGUCGGCAGCAGCCACCAACGCCACACAAAGCCUCCUGUUCGCACAGCUCUGCACAGCUCUGUUCCCGACACCGCUUCAUCCUGCGUGGGCCGCACUCAAGACUUCGAGCGCUUUCCCAGGGAGACUUCAUCCUCGACCACUGUCGGAACCUGACGGUCAUGGAGUCCUUGCGGAAGUCUCCAAAAGCUGCUGCGGACGGCCAAACCAUGGCGAAGGAAGAAGUCCCGUCGCAGGGGCCAAACGAAGAGACGUCGCUGCUGUCGCUGCCGGACGACGACCUGCUGAGCGUGCUGGAGUACCUGAGCACGCCAGACCUGCUGUCCUGCCGGGCGGUGUGUCAUCGCUUGCGGGACGUCGCUCUUCGGCCGGAGCUGUGGCGGCGACGCAGCUUUGGCUUCGGGCAAGGUGACCUCUCCACCAGAAGUCUGCAGGCCGCCGUCCUGCGCUUGGCGCCGUGUGCCUCCCGCCUGUCCAUGCGGUUCGAAGGCGACAGCGACGCGCUCGGCACGCUGGCCGCCACGACCAGAUGCGCGGCGGUCGAGCUGAUGCUCGAGGUGGACGACGACCCCGCACGGCUGGAUGCGGCCAAACUCGCGAUCCGCAACCAGGCGGCGCUGGGGAUGCUGAGGACUCUACAAGUGUACAUGGAGGUUUACAGAACCAACGACGGCCACGUCUUCGCGGACCUGCUGGCGGAGGCCUUCUCCACCCAGGGCCUGACCCGGUUGGUCGUGGUGGUCCUGGCGAUAAUGGAGUGGCCCGUGGGGGCUGGGCCCGCGCCGCCGAUCCCGGCGUCCAUCAAGGAGGUGGCCCUCACAGACGUGGACCCCCGCUUCGUGCACUGCGUGCUGCGCUCGCACGCCGCCACGCUGCAGGCCGUGCAGCUGUGGGGGGACUGCCAGGGCGUGGCACCGCUGCUGGCCGCCAUCCCCGGGCUGCAGCGCUUGGAGUGCCCCGUGAUGGAGGACCUGCCGCUGGUGGCGAAAUGCGCGUCGCUGCGCUCCCUGAACUUGACCGUGAAGGACUGCAAGGACAGCGCCGUGGAGGCUGCGUCUCAGGCCACCGCGGCGGCCUUCCUGCGCGCCGCCACGCACCUCGAGGAGCUGCAGCUCAGGUACGGCUGUCACAGGUUGGUUCCCGUGGAGCAGGGGCUGCUGACGGUGCUGGCGUCCUCGGGCCGCGCCGCGCUGCGGAAGCUGGACUUCACGUACUUGCCUCAACCAGGACUCAACGGCCGCCUCGAGAUGGAGCUGGCCUCGGCUCUGCUGGGACUACCCGCCCUGGAGUGGCUCAUCCUGUCCAACGCGGUGUCCUGGCGCGUCCUGGCCUCCAUUCACGCCGGCAGGAUGCCCCGUCUUCGCGGCCUCAGCAUUCCCGGAUACUACCGGAUGACCGAGACUUGGUGCGCGCACGCCGCCAUGCACGAGCCGGACGUGUGCCGCGUCCUCGCCAGCUACAGCCACUUCUUCCUGGUCGUGAGAAACAGUUUGUGCGGGGAGGAGCGGCGGUGCGAGCACUGCGCCAAGGGCUGCCACGCCGUGCCCUGGCCAACUGGUGAGACACUUGUGGGCUUCUACACGCACGAAGCGCCCGGCACGGAGGCAGUGGAUGGAUUGAGCUGGGGGUUUCCAUGCGAGACGUGGAUGAAAGUGUGAUGUGAUUCUUCUAUGCUCGUGUAUAGCGCACCAGCAUUUCUUUACCUUCAGUGCAAGAAUUGUCAUAUGCUAUAGGACCUAUGUCAUCGUGGAGGUCCUCUUGAUUCAUAAAUUUCGAAAUGAAAAUAGAAGGUAUGUGUGGUGUCUCCCACUGAAUCAUGUAGUCCCUGAAAUCACCUCUCUAAUUUAUGUUGGGACAUAACAUGGUCAAAUCAAUCUUGAGCAAAAACCAAUUUGUUAGAAUUCAUUGUUUAUGAUGUGGAAAGGACUCUAUUAUAAACAUGUUUCUUAACUCUGUUAACAUGUGCAAUAUACAUAGAUUUACAAAAGUUA